AUGAAAGACUGGAAUCCGGAGCCACCCCUGGCGGGAUUCCAGUUCCUGAAAUUACAGAACCUUCUCCAGCUGUCGUGGUGGAGGCAAACAGCCAAAGGCAAGACGGUCAAACGCAGCCAAGGCCGCAAGACAGCCAUAGGUCCCGGCGAAGAGGAGUCUUUAACAACAGUCUACUUGGGACUAUCCUUGACUCAGCACAUUCAAGCCAACGAACUGACGAUUCUCCUAUUACUCAUCAUCGUCAUCUCUACGCUGUACUUCUGCUAUAAUAUUGUCCGGUUGUGCCUUGCGGUAAUGCGUGGCGACAAGCCGACUGCGGGGAGCCGAGGACGUCAAGCGAUGAGUUCGGCGGAGAUGCUCAAGACGGGAUACGCGAUGCCACGACGCCCGAUUCGAGUGGUUUUGGCACAGGAUGAGGAGGCGGCCGGGAGAGACGAAGUGACGAAUAAGUUGACGCCGCCAGCGUAUGGAUUUUGGCGCGAGAGUGUGCGACUGGACCCAAACCGACUGUACUGGCAACGAAACGAGGCAGCGAAAAGGCAAGAGCCUGUGUCGGACAUGGAAUCGGGGCAUGAGCACAUUGCAAGUGGUGGACGACGGCCACCGUCGUAUGCCUCUGAUGAUGGUGUAUCAUAUAUAGUUGACGCCAUUCCUACGUCGUCUACAUCUACGACGAUGGCAUCUCGACAGCAGAUGGCGAGUUUCUAUCCGAUAGUAGGUGGACAGUUGUUUAUCGACGUUGGGUUAUUUGCUGUCAUACAUACCUUUUUUCAAUCUCUACAUUUUAUUAUUUUCGACAUCUCUUUCAAACAAGUCAUCAUCAUGUCUUCUCUCUCUCGUCGUGCUUGCUACAAGUGUGGCAACGUCGGUCAUUAUGCCGAGGUCUGCUCCUCCUCUGAGCGCCUUUGCUACAACUGUAAGCAGCCUGGCCACGAGUCGAACGGCUGCCCUCUUCCUCGCACCACCGAGGCCAAGCAGUGCUACCACUGCCAGGGUCUUGGUCACGUCCAGGCCGACUGUCCUACUCUCCGCCUGACCGGCAACGCUACUUCCGGUCGCUGCUACAACUGCGGCCAGCCCGGUCAUCUUGCUCGUGCCUGCCCUAACCCCGUUGGUCCCGCUGCCAUGGGCCGUGGUGCCCCUAUGGGCCGUGGUGGCUACGCCGGCAACUUCGGCGGCCGUGGCGGCUUCGCUGGUGGCCCUCGCCCUGCUACCUGCUACAAGUGCGGUGGCCCCAACCACUUUGCCCGUGAUUGCCAGGCUCAGGCCAUGAAGUGCUACGCCUGCGGCAAGCUCGGCCACAUCUCCCGCGAUUGCACAGCUCCCAACGGCGGUCCUCUCAACACCGCCGGCAAGACCUGCUAUCAGUGUGGCGAGGCCGGCCACAUCUCUCGCGACUGCCCCCAGAAGGCCGCCGCUGGCCCCCCGGAGAUUAACAACGAGGUUGACAUGACCAAUGUCGCUGCCGCCCCCGUUGCCCCUAUCCCCCCCGUGGCAUAG